UUGCAGGGUGGAUCGACACGAGGAACUCUCGCCCGGAUCUAACGCGCAAUAAAACCGACUUUCAACCGAUGGUACGACGUCGGACCGUGUCGUUUGUUACUCGUUACGAAUAACUUCAGUGAGAAACGUUGUUAAUCGGAUCAGCGAGUAUCUCGAUUCUGGUUGGACAAGUGGAACGAAGCGGAGUCUGUGGUCCACCACGACGGCGGAGAGUCGGGCGUCAACGAAUUGUUUUCCUCUGCGGACGUCGUCCUCCGACUAUUGAGCUACCGAAGAAUGCAAACGAUCGAUUAGGAGGAAGAGCCAUUCGAAGAAGGAUAUACCGGUUACGGAACUUACGUGCGUUUUGGUGAAGCUUGGAUCGGGUCGGAGGGAGAUCGUUGAUCUCGUUGUUACCUUGAAAUUCCGUGACUCUAAGGAAUUAUGACGGAGAAGAUGUACUAUUGGGCGGAAGAGAGGAACCAGGCCGAUUCGGAGGAGACGUUCGUGGAGUUCAAGGCCAAGUCGGUUGGUCCCUCCAGCAGCAGAAGAAAUUCGGGUUGCGCUGCCCUAGGGACGGCCGUCACCGCGCCUCAGGGCAAGACGACCUCGCUAACCGACAACCGAGAGGAAGACGCGGAACGUGGCGGCUGGGACAACAAACUGGACUUCCUGUUUUCCUGCAUCAGCGUCUCCGUUGGACUUGGGAACGUGUGGAGAUUCCCGUACUUGUGUUACAAAAACGGAGGAGGUGCUUUUCUAGUCACGUAUGGCAUUGCCAUGGUGUUCUGUGGAAUUCCGAUAUUUUUCCAAGAAGUAGCCAUUGGCCAGUAUCUCGGGGCGGGAGGAAUGACUUUAGUCGGACAGUUAUGCCCUCUGAUGCAAGGAGUUGGAUACGCCACGAUGACGAUAGUAUUUUUCCUGGACGUGUAUUACUGUAUUAUUAUAGCAUGGACGCUUUUCUAUCUGAUAAGCACCUUUCUAAACAUACCGAAUAUACCUUGGAGGAAUUGUGGCAACUGGUGGAACACCAAAGAUUGCUACGAUGGCCUCGAAAAAGUUGAGAAACUCGAUUCUGAUGUCGAGUUUGUUGAUUCGAAUAGCACAAAUUCGACGUACAUAAAUCAUAACGAUACCAUUUCUCACCAUGCCACUCCGGUGGAGGAAUACUGGGAACGGAGAGUUCUUGGGAUGACUUCCGGUAUCGAAAGCAUCGGUGGCAUACAAUGGGAGUUGUUGGGUUGUCUGACCAUCGGCUGGCUGUUCGUUUACUUUAUCAUCCGACGCGGUCUGCACCAGAGUGGUAAGAUCAUCUGGUUUUCAGCCUUGUUUCCCUACGUCGUACUUUUUAUUCUUUUGGGAAGAGCGAUUACAUUGGACGGUAGCUAUGACGGUUUACUCUACUACAUCACGCCAAGAUGGAACGAACUGCUGUCGCCUGGCCCGUGGAUCGACGGCGCCACGCAAAUUUUCUUCGCCUACAGUAUCGGCACCGGGGCCCUCCCUGCUCUCGGAUCUUACAACAAGUUCCAUCACAAUUGUUACAAAGACACGAUAAUCACUUGCAUAGUGAACACGUUAACCUGCUUACUGGCUGGCUGCGUCACAUUCUGCAUCUUGGGUCACAUCGCUCUGGAGCAAGGCACAGAAGUAUCGGAAGUGGUUAAAAGUGGGCCAGGAUUAGUGUUUCUCACUUAUCCGGAGGUGGUUCUGAAGUUGCCUGGUGCACCAAUGUGGUCCAUCAUCUUCUUCAUCAUGCUGCUCAUAUUAGGAAUCGACAGUGAGUUCUGUAUUGUGGAAUCCUUCAUCACUGGCAUUAUUGAUAAUUGGCCCAAUCUCCGUGCCCAUAGAAACAAGUUUACCAUCGCAAUCUGCUGUCUCAUGUUCUUCCUGGGUCUGACUAUGGUGACCAAUGGUGGGAUUUAUAUAUUUCAAUUAAUGGAUUUCUAUUCAGCGAGUGGAAUGUCCAUUCUAUGGGUUUGUUUCUUCCAAACGAUCGCGAUAUCGUGGAUUUUUGGAGCGAAAAAGUUCUGCGAUUGUAUUCAUCAGAUGAUGGAAAUAGAAUUGAACAAAUUUUGGUACAUAUGCUGGGUGGUGCUUGCACCGAUGACUAUGGCUUUCAUCUUUGUGUUUCAAUGCGUGCAAUAUAAACCGCUGAAGUACGGAAACAACUAUGAAUAUCCAACUUGGGCGGAAGUCGUUGGUUUUUGUCUCAGCUUCUCAUCUAUGAUUUGGAUUCCAGCUUAUGCUCUCUAUUAUGUCACCAUUACUCCAGGAUCCAUUAAAGAGAAUAUCACAAAAGGUUUGCAGCCAAACAUCAAGUCACACACAAAAUCACGAAAGGGGAAGAAAUCAACAGCGAUGCCAAUGUCAGAGAGCAGUGCCGGCUUGAUCACCAAGAAUAAUAGCUUCCUCAGUCAAACGUUACCUCCGUAAACAACAACAAAAUGAACCAAUUUCUUGUUCCUUAUCCAUUGGUGGUAAUUAUUCUAAGUGUUUUAAUGAAAUUUCAAAUGUACGUCGGACGCGCAGAGUUACGUUCGAGUUAUUCUCGCGGUCGUUGUGAAACCAAAUUUGUAAAAUUUCAAAAAUUUAGAAUGCGGAUUUCAUGCAUUUACGACAAAUCGACAGUUGCAAAACUAUACACCUAACUGCAUGUAUAACGUAGAAAAGUAUGUUGUAUAAAAUAUCCAGAAUAGAGUACAUUGUAGUACAUGUUAGACAGAAUAAAUUUUUUUUCUAGGUUUUGUUUCUCGAGCGAUUUUCAUGAAAACUUUAACAUGCAUAAAAUCUGCAUCCCAAUGACGACGCGUAUAUGUUAACGAGAAUAAUUUGAGCGGCAAUGUUGCAAUCAAAUUACUGACCUUGUUCCUUCUACGUAUUAUAUCAAACGACACUACUGGUACCGCGUAAGGGAAAUCGUUUAGAAAAAAUGAGACAGAACGAAGGAAAGUUAAACGCGAAACUUAGAUAUUAGGUAAGCAGUCGCUAGUUUUUGAAUAGCUACCGAAGAUAAGACGAAGAGGCCUAUAUUUUUCUACUGCAAUUUUUAAUUGCGAUGCUCCUGCAAACGAUUAUUAAAACACGAGGAACAUAGUUUUUAGUUGACAGCGAGGGAAA